AUGACCGCUACUUCCGCCGCCAAAGAAAAAAUCGAAAGAAAAUGGUUCAUUUUUCUUUUCACAUUUGCCACUUUUGUCUCCAGAAGUCGUUUAGCCACAAUGAUUGCUUUUGUCCCACGUUUGACGUCACUUUUUUCCUUUCUUUCGUAUUUUUGUUUCUAUUUCAUCUACUUUAUCGGGUCGUUUGGAGCAACAGGACUACAAUUAAUUAAUCUAUCUAUCUAUCUAUCUAUCUAUCUAUCUAUCUAUCUAUCUAUCUAUCUAUCACUUUGUGAUAUCUAUCAGUCUGUUCAUAUCUAUGUAUCUGUCUAUCACUUUUCGAAAUAUAUCUCUCAAUCGGGUCAUAUCUAUCUAUCUAUCUAUCUAUCUAUCUAUCUAUCUAUCUAUCUACACACACACACACAUAUAUAUAUUGCUUUUCGAUAUGUAUUUCAGUCUAUUCAUAUCUAUCUAUCUAUUUAUCCAUCACUUUUCGAUAUAUAUCUAUCUCAUCUGUUCAUAUCUAUCUAUCUAUCUAUCUAUCUAUCUAUCUAUCUAUCUAUCUAUCUAUCUAUCUAUCUAUUUCAGUUUGUUCAAAUAUCUAUCAAUUUUUAA